AUGUCUGAUGAGACAUACCUUUCAAUGACAGAACCAUCACUUAACAUCUCUGAAAUCAAACCCGAAAGUGAUACGCCACACAAAUCAAUUGAUCCCAGUCACUCCUUCGUCCCACAACUCCCGUCCUGUGUUGCACGAAAAGGUGUCGACAGCACACAACACACACAACUCCCAAUUUUAGAAGAUUUGAACAAGUAUUUUGCAACACAAGAUCAAGAAAAUAAGAGCGAAGUGUCACACUUGAAACACACCGAGACGUUCGAUGAUCUGUCAACAACAUUUCCAUACCCACCAUACCCACAGCAGGUCCAGAUGUUGUCCGCGAUCCAAAAAGCUAUUGCGGACGGAAAGCACUUGCUCUUGGAAAGUCCAACGGGAACGGGAAAGACACUUGUUUUGUUACACGCGGCGUUGUCUUCUGAUGUCCACCGAAUUGUAUACACGUCGAGAACACACAAUCAAUUGGCUCAAGUGGUGAGAGAGUGUCGGAAAUUGAAACCAACAAAGGGCGUCAUAUUGGCUUCAAGAGAGUUGUACUGUGUCUAUGACACCAUCAAAGAUAUGGACAACAACGGGUAUUGGUGUAAUAUGGAUCCAAUAGCGUUCAGAAGAAUAACAAAGAAAAGGAGUUGCCCAUUCAGACCACAUUUUGACCAAUUUGGGCUUGCGCCAGAUACACUUGCGAAGUUUGAAAAGGUGUAUUCCAUCACACGAGGAUUACUUGUGGAACACACCGAGUUGGUCCAAAUUUGCAAAGAAAAUAAAGUGUGUCCGUAUCACUACUCGAAGUGGGUUGUCACUAAGGUAAGACUUGUCUUGUGUCCUUACAACUUCAUAACUAAUCCCAGCAUUCGAUCGACAAGUUCAAUCUUUUUCAUGGAAAAUGAGAACGAUGAAUGUGCGUUGGUUUUGGACGAAGCACACAACGCGGAGGAUUCGUUGAUGGAUGCGAUGAGUUUUGAUUUUGGGGAGGACAUCAUGAAGAGAGUCGUUUUAAAUGUACAACGGCAAAUUGGGAGGAGGGAGGUGUUUUGGGAUCGGAUGAAGGAACAGGCAAAGGAACAACAAAUUGUAUUAGAAAAGUCGGCAGUCAAAAAUGAAACCAAUUUUCUUCAAUUAACACAUCAAGUGAAAGAAGAAAAGGAAACACAUGUGAGUGUUAAAAGUGAUAUUUUCAACACAAAAAGUGAAGACAAUAUGAAUGAUAAACACCAAGAAAAUGGGGUUUUGAUCGAGGUGAUACCGUUUAAAGACGAGAAGUGUAAUGUAAAUGUUGGUCAAUUACCAAAAGAAGAGAAGGAGCGAACAAAUGCAAAAUUUGAUUUUGAGAAAGCAAAACAAGACGAGAAGGACCGUUUUAAUAGUGUAAUCGACUUGUUUACACAUAUAUGUGAAUGGGCUCAUUCGAGAAAACUCGUUGAAAAAGACGAAGAGAAGAGAUACUCACUGUUUGAUGUUGAAGCGUUCUUACCGGUGAUCACCCGAGUUGAAUAUUCCAAAUUACUAGAAGGGGCUGCGAAAAUCGAUGAAAUCAUGAGAGAAGUGGAUGAUAUCUUGUUGUUACCAAAUAUUGCGGACUAUUUGGAUCCGUAUGUACUUGAAUCGAUAUCAAUGGCCGUGUUUUAUGUUCAAGCCUUUCGUGUGGAAAAUUUGCGAGAGAAGUUUAAAGUCAUUGUGGAGUCGAGAGAGAGGACUUUCAACACAGCAAAAGGUGUUUUAAAUAACGUGAAAGAAAAUUUUGGAGAAGUGGAUUCGGACAUGGAGCUGCACUUCAGAGUGAGAUGUUUGAGUUCAUCGCUUGGGAUGUCAUUGAUGCAAAGCUCAGUGAGAUCGAUCAUAUUUGCGUCGGGUACAUUGAGCCCCAUGCAAGCGAUGGUUGAUGAAAUGAAAUUAGAAGAACAUGACUACAAGAACCAAUGCAUAGUCCCUGGAUACACCAUUUUAUCAACAAGUCAUGUG